AUGGCAGACGGGAAACCCAAGACGCAUUUCUACCAAAAUCUCAACAUCCAGCACCUCCCCAUCAAAGAGCGAGUCGUUGCUCUACAAAAAGAGAUUUCCCAGGACCCCGACUAUCAAGGCUUUGACUACCUCACUCUCAAAGAUGGAUUUCAACUCCUAGAAGCUGUGCCGAACAGAACAGUAUGGGAAGCAGUCAUCACCUCUCGCCUUUGCAAUAAAUCCGGCAACCUUCACGGCGGUGCUGCUGCUACCCUAAUGGAUAAUUUGACUUCCACAGCUCUAGUCACAAUAUCCAAACCGGGCUUCCUCGAUGCCGGCCAUGUCAGUCGGACGAUCACUAUGUCGUAUCUACGGCCCGUUCCCAAAGGUUCCACCGUCCGAAUUGAAUGUGAAGUCCAGGCCGCAGGGAGGAAUACAGCGAACCUCUUGGGAAGGAUGUUUGUCAAUGGGAAGCUGGCCGUCACUUGUGUACACGACAAGGCUGUUUUUUCGUCACGCUCAAAGCUGUAG